AUGGACAGUUAUGAUGUCGUUUGCGAUGAGAAUGAUACGAUACGGGGACUAGGAGCGACGGUCCUUGAAGAGAAGGAUGAGAAGUAUGAGAACUCUGGCGAUACUCGCGACUGCCCUGCAGCUCAAAACAAAAGAAAGCGGUUUAGUCUUGGCGAUAUCGAAACAUUGGCAGCUCCGAAGAAGAGACUGCAGCCAGACUCUGAGGACGCUCACACCGCAACUGGUAGCACUUCGAAGCAAAAGCUGGCUUCUACAGAUUACACUGUUGGCUGGAUCUGUGCCCUGAGCACCGAGUACGUUGCUGCGCAAGUCUUUCUUGAUGAAAGGCAUGAGGGACCAGAUUACGUUGCCCCCAACGACAACAAUGAUUACACAUUGGGCAAGGUUGGGAGCCAUAAAGUUGUAAUUGCUGUCUUGCCUCACGGAGAGUACGGCAUAUCAAGUGCCACGGGCGUUGCAAAGGACAUGCUUCACAGCUUUCCCAACAUCAAGGUUGGCCUGAUGGUUGGCAUUGGAGGCGGCGCCCCAAGCCGGAAGCACGAUAUACGACUCGGCGACGUCGUGGUUAGUGCACCUCGCAAUGGUUCUGGCGGUGUUUUCCAAUACGACUUCGGCAAGGCGAUUCAGAGCGGAUCGUUCUACACAACGGGCUUCCUAAACCAACCUCCACCGCUUCUUCGAGCUGCAGUCAACGGGCUUGAGGCUCACUAUGAGAUCAACGGCCAUCAGCUGGAGGAGGCCAUUUGCGACAUCUUCGAGAAAAAGCCGAGGCUACAACGCAAGUAUCAGCGGCCGCUGGCAACCACUGAUAGGCUGUACUUGUCGUCAGUAUUGCAUCCUUCAGACACCGAUGUAACCUGCGCAGACUGCUGUGGAAACGACUCCUCGAACUUGAUACUGAGGCCUGAACGGACCCAAGAGGACGAUAAUCCGAGGAUUCAUUAUGGCUUGAUUGCCUCGGCGAAUCAGGUGAUGAAGGAUGCCCUCACCCGCGACAAACUCGUCAAGGAGAAAGACGUCCUAUGCUUUGAGAUGGAGGCAGCUGGGUUGAUGAACCAGUUCCCAUGUUUAGUCAUUCGUGGCAUCUGCGAUUAUUCGGACUCUCACAAGAGCAAAGAAUGGCAAGGCUAUGCAGCAAUGACGGCGGCAGCAUACGCAAAGGACCUUUUAUGCAGGAUCCCUCUCCACAAGGUUGAGGCUGAACAGCGGAUCAAGGACGUUCUCUCGGCCGUGACAGGCGUCCAAAAGGGAGUCGAUAGACUUCUCUGUGUUCAACAGGCUGAAAAUCAUCAGAACGUCUUGAACUGGCUCACACCAGUCGACUAUGCUCCUCAGCAGAGAGACUACAUCAGUGUACGACAACCAAAGACGGGCAAUUGGUUUCUGAGUUCGGAAGAGUUCCAAGCAUGGAUCAAUUCUGAUAAGCAUACACUCUUCUGCCCAGGCGGGCCGGGUGCAGGGAAGACAAUUAUGACAGCGGCGGUCAUCGAUCAGCUACAUACAACGUACAAAGAGGAUGACAAGAUAGGUAUUGCAUAUAUCUAUUGCGAUUACCGAAGACAUUUCGAUCAGAAAGCAGAUGACUUGCUUGCAAAUCUGAUUAAACAGUUGGCUCAAACGCAAGCGGCGAUGCCGGAAUGCAUCCAAAGUAUCUAUGAUCAACUCAGGAAUCAGCCAAGACGGCCGUCUCUUGACGAGCUGUCGAAACUUCUGAGCUCGACCAGCCUGAUCUAUGCCAAGGUUUUUAUUGUCGUUGACGCACUGGAUGAGUGUCAGCUUGCAGGUGGUUGCCUGAAAGCUUUUCUGUCUGCGUUAUUCAAGUUCCAGGCGAGUACAAACGAAAACAUCUUUGCAACGACACGGUUUAUCCCAGAGAUCAUGAAGGAGUUCAGGCAGAGCUCGUCUUUGGAGAUUCGUGCCAAAGAUGAGGAUGUGCAAGAAUACUUGGCUGGCAACAUGGUACGGUUUCGGUCGUUUGUUUUGACCAAUCUUGAGUUACAAAAGGAUAUCAAAGAUACGAUAAUCAAAGCCGCAGAUGGAAUGCAAGUUUUUCCGAAUACUACCUCAAGACACACAAAGACUAAUACUAUUAGGUUUCUAAUCGUGCGACUGCACGUUGAUUCGUUGACCGAACUUCCCACAGUAGGGCACGUCAAGAGAGCGCUGCGAGACUUGCCUAAUACCCUCGGCGAGACGUAUGACCAAGCAAUGGCGAGGAUCGAGGCCCAGGGAGAGGCCCUACGCAUCUUGGCCAAGAAGGUCUUGUCAUGGCUCGUUCAUGCAAAAAGGGUGCUCUCCGUAACCGAGCUCCAGUGUGCCGUUGCGAUUGAACCAGGAACAUCUGAACUCGAUGGAGAGUUCAUCCCUGACAAGGAGAUUUUGGGUUCCGUCUGUGCUGGUCUGGUCACCUUCGAUACCGAGAGCCGCGACAUACGAUUGGCGCAUUACACCAUCAAAGAGUACUUUGACAAGGAAGGGAGGCAUUGGUUCCAGCAUGCGGAGACCGAUAUCGCAAGAGCGUGCUUGACCUAUCUCUCAUUUGACGAAACCAAGCCGUUGAGCCAUUUCUAUAGGUACGCCGCAAGUAAUUGGGCAAAUCACGCCCGCGGGGCCCCAGAGAGGCAUCUGAUGCCGCUCAUCUUGGACUACCUAUGCCGCGACGCAAAGGGGUCCUCGCCAGACAGAGCGAUGCCAAUCCAUCGUUCGGGCAUUCAUGUUGCAGUAUCUUUCAAACUCGAAAACACGACCCUGGCCCUGAUUGAAAUGGGACAUGAUGUCAACAGCCCUGAUUUCACAGGCAGUACACCGCUCCUGAAGGCGGUCGAGUCGGGCUGUACGCCUAUGGUUCAGCUACUGCUCAGGGCCGGUGCUGAUGUUGAUUAUUGGGACGAGGCGCUCGACCAUACACCGCUCACGUACGCCAGCGAUGCGGGAGAUGAAAGCAUUGUCAGGUUGUUGUUAGAGCAUGGUGCCGAUGUUGAUUAUGCCCCUCGCGGCGAAGAUUGGUCCGCUCUUUCAUGGGCAUUUCGGGCAGCGCACUUCGGCAUCGCCAAGCUUCUAUUAGAAGGGGGCGCCAAUCCUAAUGUCUAUGCCGGCUUCAAUUUCAAGGAAGUUCCCAGAGACGCUGAGCUUCUUCUGAAAGUGCGAGAGGUGGCUGGCUCUGCUACGAAUCCUUUUGGAUCCUCGUAUUCGAGCCAAACUACUACGGCAAUCUCGAGGGAUUGCCGCAAGUCUCCCCUUUUUGAAGCAGUCAGUCGUGGGCUUGAAAGCCUGGUCAAGUUGCUGUUAGAGAAGGGCGCCGAUGUUGAAGGCAAACCUUCUUCCAAUAACUUAACUCCACUCUGCUUGGCAAUGAGAAGGUCAAGCGAGGAGAGGCGGCGAGAAGCCUUGGAUAUGAUGCUUGGAAACGAAAAAAUUGGAAGCCCUUGCUAUCUUGGGCUUUUCAGCUGGGGAAACAAGGUGCAGCCAACAUAUUGCAGGAAUAUGGCGCCCAGCUACCUGGCGACUGGCAACAUCAGUAUCUACUACCUAGAUACUAGGCGGGCUGGGGUUUCCAUCACAGAUUUGGCAAGAGGUAGGCGCUGGCAAGAACUUCAGUGGUAA